AUGGCGCAGCGGAAUUGGUCGCAUACUGGCCAGUGGCAACAACAGCCGCAGCAACAGAUGAUGCAGCAGCUGCCACCCGGUGCAUCGCCGCAGUGGCAGGGAGUGCAUAGCGCGUCAACCAGUAUGCAACUCCCAGCGUCGGCCCCGCAGCAGUACGAUCCUCAGCUUUUGAUGCAGCAGCAGCAGCAGUACCAGCAGCAGCAGCACCAACCUGGGAUGAUGCCGCCUGGGAUGCCACCGUCGUGGGGGCCACCGAUGUACCAGCAAACGUACUCCCAGCCGGUAUACGGGCAGCAGGCGUACGCCCAAACCAAUUGUAUGGACCCAGUCUGCUGCCCCAUGCCCGGGCAACCCAACCCGUGCGACUGUUGCUGCUCCCCUGGACCCGGCUGCUGCAACAACGGUCCGGUGGAUCCGUACUGCUGUGGGCCCCAGACGAAUCCUGGCUGCACGGAUUGCAUGUCGUCUGUCUGCGACAUUACAUACUGCACGACGAUUUUCUUCACCGUGGUGAGCGUGGUCGGUUUUAUUGUCGUCUUGGUAUUAGGUAAAAGUGACGACCUUUUUUCCAAGUAUGACGUAUCUGACACCACCGCCCUUCAGGCGGCAAUACAGAAGGAUAUUAUACCAACGACUGGAUGCACGUCUAGACGCCUGUUGGCAGUGUUUGGUACCGUUUGCAUGGAGGGGAAUCUCAACGCUAACACACUUGUUGUUCAACUCAGUACAUGGAAUACAGCAAGGGACACCAUGUAUUUCCUUGCCUUGGUGUUCAGCAUAUUCACAGUUGUGUACGCCACCAUAGUGGACUGCCAGCGGCAAAAGGUUGAGGCGCUCUCGAAUGAAAGCAUCUGUUCACAGCAACAACAACAACAACAGCAACAACAGCAGGUGGGUAAGCAGUCGCCGGAGAAGAUGAGCCGAGACGGGAGGCGUGGGUCCCUUACGGUGCCGCCACCACCACCACCACCACCACCACCUUCGCUGCCGCCAACGUCGAUUCCAUUCAUGAGGGGCCCUAUUAAAGUGUGGGGCACGCCUUUUUAUGANCAACAGCAGGUGGGUAAGCAGUCGCCGGAGAAGAUGAGCCGAGACGGGAGGCGUGGGUCCCUUACGGUGCCGCCACCACCACCACCACCUUCGCUGCCGCCAACGUCGAUUCCAUUCAUGAGGGGCCCUAUUAAAGUGUGGGGCACGCCUUUUUAUGAAUUUAUGCGUGUCGCGUGGUUCGUGAUGGGCGUGGCCGUGUUCUUUUGGGCGUGCGGUCUGUUGGCGUCCUUCUGGGCCUUCUCGUCCUUCUAUCGCAACUCCACGAAAGGGAAGUUGCGUGAGUUCUUUGACGACUACCAUGUCCGCUUCAGUGCCACUGUCAUCUGCAUCACGGUGUACCUUGCGUGGCCGCUCCUAAACAUCUUCGUGGAGGCAGUGCUGUGGAUAUUGUUUGUCUUGCCUUGGCUCCUCUUCCGCACCUUAUGCAAGCCGGGAAUUGGCAACAUGCGCCCCGCAUUGCCGCUGGAGGAGAUGCCUGGCUACAUCCGACUCGAUAUGUUCUUCACAGACUUCAACGAUGUGAAGCGCGUCGGUUUCUCCGAGCCUGCGUGGCGCCUGAUGACAGGUAGCUCGUUGCCGUUCCUCUCCUGCUGCGAGGACCCAAUGGUGGACCGCGACCCGGCGAUGACGGCGUGGCACCACCAGCAGCAAGAGUGGUUCGCGCGGUUGCAGGGCGUGUACCCGAUGGGGAUGGGCGCCCCCGCGCAGUGU